AAAUUUGAGCAUUUGAAAUUAUAACCGUUCAAAUAAUAUGUUAUUGUGCAUGAAAAAAAAAUAGUCAGCUGUCGUUUAUUUAAGCUCCUCCCAUUUUGAUUUUCUUUGACUUUCGAAACUCAUUUUGAGUGUAUAAAGUCUGCCCCCCAAAAAAAGGGGUCAUUAUAACAUAAAGGUUGGUAAUUUGAACAAUUUUUUUUAAAUCAAGCGCCGAUAUAACCGAUGAUCAUUGAAUCGACAUUUUGUUGGUUUGAGCAUCGUUUGUGUGUCUGUGUGUGUGUGUGUGUGAUCAUUGAAAUGAUCAUUUGUCGUUGCCAUGAUGGACACCGAACAGGAGCUAUCUAUUGUUGAAUUUGUGGAUAAAAAUGUCGUCAACGGUGCCACACAAUUACCCGAUCGUUCUAUUCAAAUAUUCAUAAUACGUUUAAUUGUGACUGAAUCUAUACAUCAAUUUGAAACGAUAUAUGGUCAUAGAUUUUGUCAUGUUGAAUCAGACAAUAAAAGUCAUAGUUGGCAAUCAAUUCUUAUGGCUACAGAAAUCAAUACCGAAUUAAUGGCAUCGGAUUCAAUAUUGAAAAAUGUACAUAAUUUUACCGAAGAAUAUGUGGGAAAAGUGAUUUCAGAUUUUAUGAAUAUAACUGAGAAAAGAUUUCUUGAUUUUUUCAAACCAUUUCAAGAUACCAAUGAUAUUGGUUUCGAUAAUUCCAGAGGAUCACAAUAUGAUUUAGCAUUACGAAGCUCGAUCAUUGUUACGGAUAAAUUAUGGGAAGAAAUACAUACCGGAAUGUGGGCAAAUGUUUCAGUAUUUUCACGUAUGAUUUAUGCAUAUCAUAAAUGGCUACAAUCAUUAUUAACAUUGUCAGCGAUACAAAUUCCAUCGAAAAACAUUAUCGAUUUACUUGUCGAUGCUUUGAAACUAUUGGAUGAUGGUCUUAUUAUGAGUCCAGAUCUACGAAAUCGAUUGCUCGCCAGAAUGGCUUCAAUUUCACAUCAAGUAUUGGUCAACAUACUUGAUCGAUUAUCACCGAAUUUAUCGAUUGAAUUGAAUUUAAAAUGGAAACAAUGGAAUAAUAUGGUGGAUGAAAAAUUUACAACAAAUAAUUUAUAUUUCCCUAUUGAUAUGCUUCGUUUUCCAAUCGAAACUAUUGAUCAUCAGCUAGAAAUGCAAGAAUUUCAACAAAAAUUUUUACGUGAAAAUCGUCCAUUCAUUAUUAAACGUGGUUUCAGUGAUUGGCCAUGUUUGAAUGAACGAAAAUGGACAUUAAAAUAUUUACUACAAAAGAUGGCAUUUCGUCGUGUGCCGGUAGAAAUAGGAUCCAAAUACACAUCUGAUGAUUGGUCACAGAAAAUUAUGUUCAUUUAUGAAUUCAUGGAAAGAUGGAUUUUUCAACAUUCAAAACCAAUUGGCUAUAUGGCUCAACAUAAUCUAUUUGAUCAGAUUCUAGAUCUAUAUCGUGAUAUUGAUGUACCGAUUUAUUGUGCUAUCAGUGAAUCAACCGAUGAUGGUGAUGGUGAUGGCGAUGAUCAUGAACUAAAUUCGGCCAUAAAUUUUGAAAUUAAUGCCUGGUUUGGACCGGCCGGUACUGUUUCACCAUUACAUUUUGAUGGUCGAAAUAAUUUCUUUUUGCAAGUGAUUGGCACAAAAUAUAUUCGUCUUUAUUCACCAAAAACACCGGAUGAACAGAUCUAUCCAAAUGCUAAAGAUUCAUUACUUUGGAAUACAUCACAAGUGGAUUUUGAAAAUGUGGAUGAUGAAUUAUUUCCUGAAUUCAAAAAUAUUGAUUCAAAUCUCAUUUUUGAUUGUUUCCUUACCGAAGGUGAUAUAUUAUUCAUACCGAAAAAUUGGUGGCAUUUUGUUCGGUCACAUAACGAUAGUUUUUCCAUCAAUUAUUGGUGGUCAUGAUGAUUUGAAAUCAAUGAAGUUUUUGAUUUUGAUCUUAGUUUUUUUUUACCACCGAUGAUCUAGUUUAUCUAAGUCAAUCAUGAUUUAUAUUUUAAUGAUAUGGAUUUUUU